GUUUGGUUCAGCCUUGAAAUGGAGAAUUUGUCUGAAACUGAUCAGCGCUGGUCAAUUUCAGACAGCUCCGCAGGGCUGCAAUAAAUCACGCUGGAAAAUAACAUCCCUCUCCACACCCCCAUCCAUCCAUCCAUCCAUCCACCCACCCACCCACCAUCCCUUCCUCCCUCUCCCCUCCUCUCUUCCCCUGAAACAGGCGAUCACCUCUGAGCCGCAGCCUUUUCCUUUCAAACCACUCACUCCCGCCCCCCUCCCCCCCAAAAAAGCCGGAGGAGGAGAAGAGACGCUUCCAUCUCCCCGCAGCCCUCGCUCGCUUUGCGCUGCAAGCCCCCUCCCCACCUAGGAGCCUGCCGCCUGGAAGCAAAGACCAGCCCCUCCACCCUCCUUCCCCAAGACGGAGAGACACAAAUCCAGCGCUAGAAGCAACGGCAAACAUCCCCGCUCUCCGGAGCUGCAGAUGUGGCGGAGCAGGGAAAGCAGUUCUUUCUUCUUCCAGGCGAGCACCCCAUCUGCUUCUGCUCCCGGGGCCCCGCGGAAACUUGUCCUCCUUGCUUCACCAAUUUGCAGUCUGCUGUGAAAAUCCCGAUACGAUCCUCCGACACCCCCCUCCAUCUCAACCCCCGCAGCAGGCAAGAGACUCACACAAAGCGGCGAGGAGCAGAGGCUUGUCCUCGCCCCCCCCCCCCGUAGAAAAGGUUGCCUGGGCACUCUGCCCCUGGGCUGCAGGGGGAGCAAGCCCCAGAGGACGCUGUCUGCUCCCUGCCGGAGGACGCUGCUAGCAGCCACGCCAGGCACCAUGCAUUCCCUGGACGAGCCCCUUGACCUCAAGAUCAGCAUCUCCAAGCUGCGGGCAGCACGGGAGAAGCGGACGCUGGGCAGUGCCAAGCACCGGGCCUUGCACCGCGAGCUCAAGACCCAGGAUGAUGGCGCCGCGGCAAUGGGCCCCUGCUCGCCUGGCUCCCUGCCAGCUGGUGAGAGGGGGAGAGGCAUCCAGGGUCCCACCUUGGGGGACCACCUUCCUGCACCCUCUGGCCUCCUGCUGCCCUCCAAAUGCCAUGACAAACGGGAUGCCCGCUUCUCCUCAACACCCCUGCUCGACCUCAGCCUGUCACCCCCGUCUGACCCGGACUCCCCCGGCGGCAGCACCUCACUGUCCCCUGAGCGGCAGGGCAGCGGGGACCUGCCCAUGGCCCCCACCCCCCACGAUUUCCCGUCCUUGCGCUACAUUGACGGCCUCCCGAGCUCCUUCCAGUUCUUCCUGCCCCUGGGCUCGGGCGGCGCCCUGCACCUGCCGGCCUCGGCCUUUCUCACCCCCCCCAAGGAGAAGCGCCUCUCCCCAGAGCUGCCCCUGCCGCAGCAGCUGGUGUGUCGCUGGGCCAAGUGUAACCAGCUCUUCGACCUGCUCCAAGACCUAGUGGAUCACGUCAACGACUUCCAUGUCAAGCCGGAAAAGGACGCGGGUUACUGCUGCCAUUGGGAGGGCUGCGCGCGCCAUGGCCGGGGCUUCAAUGCCAGGUACAAGAUGCUGAUCCACAUUCGCACCCACACCAAUGAGAAGCCUCAUCGCUGCCCAACCUGCAACAAGAGCUUCUCCAGGCUGGAAAAUCUUAAAAUCCACAACCGCUCCCACACAGGCGAGAAACCCUACAUGUGCCCCUACGAGGGCUGCAGCAAGCGCUACUCCAACUCCAGCGACCGCUUCAAGCACACGCGCACCCACUACGUGGACAAGCCCUACUACUGCAAGAUGCCUGGCUGCCACAAGCGCUACACGGACCCCAGCUCACUGCGCAAGCACAUCAAGGCUCAUGGCCACUUCGUGUCCCACGAGCAGCAGGAGCUGCUCAAACUCCAGCAGCCUCCCAAGACCCCUGUCGCCUCGGCGGAAGUGCCUUACGUCAACGGGGCGCAGCUCAUCAUCCCCAAUCCAGCCGCCCUCUUUGGUGGGCACGCACUGCCCGGCCUGGGCGCCUCUUUGCCCAUCCCGUUGGCCCCGGGGCCCCUGGACCUCAGCACCUUGGCCUGUGGCGCUGUGGGCUCUGCCGCGCUGCCGGGUCUUCCAAGCCCCAUGCUGUCCCUCAAUGGGGCACCACUCAACUUGGCCAAGAACCCCUUGCUGGCAUCUCCCUUUGGUGCUGGCGGGCUAGGGCUGCCCAUGGUGUCCCUGCUUGCUGGCAAGACGGACAUGGAGAAGUGCCAGGCGGGUGACACCAGGGUGGCCAAAGCGGGCAAAGCUCAAGGGCUCGAGAGCCGCAAAGAGUCGUGCGACAGGACUGAGCGGGCCCGGCUCAGGCGUGCUCCGGAGAGCCUGCCGCUGCUGCCCGGCACAGUGCUGGACCUGUCCACCGGCGUGAGCUCUAUGGGCAGCCCCGAGGCCCUGCCGCCUGGCUGGGUGGUGAUCCCGCCUGGCUCCGUCUUGCUGAAGCCGGCCGUGGUGAACUGAAUGAACAAAGCCCAGAUGCAAAACGAGGUGCCACCUUGGCACGGGUCUCGACGGGUGAAUCUGCCAGCGGGGUUGGGGGGAAUCCGAACCUCCCGCCCCCUUCUCCUGCGACUGCCGCUUGGGUCUCGCUUGGACCCUACACGAAAGAAGAGUUUGACUCUUCUGAGAAUAGCAAUAAUCCCCAUCCCAGCCCUGCGGCUGGCCCGCACCACUGGCCCAGUGCAGGCCGCUCCAGAGGCCUCUUCAUGGGACCCCCCAGAUAGCUAACUGCCCCCUCCCUGAGCCAGCCACACCCUAAAGCCUCUUGCUGGCUCUCCAAGGUACCAACACUGGCACAGGACACAGCAGGAGUGGGCUCAUGGCUCUGGGAGGCACUGGGCUAGGGCACCAGAGUCGAUUGUGGCAGCAGAGCAAGUGCCGGAAAGGGACGACUGUGGAGGGACCAAAGCCAGGCCGUGGCCUUGGUGGCAAUGGGGCCAAGGAGCUGGAUCGGGGCCCUAGGGCCGGCCUGGUGUGCCAUCACCCCAUCUCUCCCUGGGGCCUGCCUGCCUCAGGCAGCGGCAGGCGCUGUUAUUUAUUUAUCUCACCCAACCCUUGCUCUGACCGGUCCUCAUUGCGCCCUUGUCUCUGGUGCUGACCAGGUGCCCUCUGCCUGAGGCCUGAGCCAUGCAGUCACCUGCCAUGAGAUCCCAACACCCAUCCCUGUGCCCACCCCCCAGUCAGUGCCAGGUGCUCAUGUCCUCGUGCCCUCUGCUGGCUGUGUGGGAGACGAUGGCGUCCACACAGCCCCGUAGCUGGGUGGGUGUGAGCGAUCCCAGAGGAAGGGCCCAUUGACCCCCCUGCCCAGCCUGAGGUUCCUGGGGGCCGUGUCCCCUGGCCCCUGCAGCAGAGCUGCCCCCUUGGCACUGGCCAUGCCAUCUGGCCAUCACACAUAGCCUGGCAGGGAGGAUGGUGCCAGCAGAAUCCACAGACACAGGCAUGUUUCCCCACCCUUGAGCCCCAUGACACAGGCUUCCUCUCUGGCUUGGGGUAAGCCCCCCCGCUAGGACUGGCACUGCCAUGGCGCUGGGCUAGCGGGCUCCCUCCACUCCAGCUCCAGUUCCCGCACACCGUGGAACACUGGCUCAUUUCCAGAAGCGCCCAUGUGAAGGGCUCUAGCGCCUCACUCACCCCAACACCUGCCAGUGGUCCUCUCCCAUUACCCCCCUCCCUGUGCUCGUGCCAGCCCGGCCUGCAGCACAGCCAGUGCCCCUGGAGCCAAGCGGCACUGACCCGGGAGCAGCCAGCCCAGACCAGCCACAUGGGACCACCAGGAGCCACUGAAGUGGGGUGUUCCUGUUCUCACCCCCAAGCCGAUGGAGCUCCCACCAGCCGACUGGCACCCUGCCCAGUCUGACCCCCCAAGAGCAAGUCAGCCAGGCCCCGAAUGCACCCAGCCAUCCCUGGGCCCCUGUGCCAGUGGAGGAGGCAGUGCGACACAGCCGCAGCUGGGCUUGCGCGGUGGAGAUACUGGCAAGACAAGACCACGAUGAACUUCUAGACUGCAGCCUCAUUGCCCUUCAGCCCUGGGUUGACUGGACUGAGACAGACAGACGGCCCCCCAGUCCUGUGGGGAGCCCUGCCCUCGGACCCUGCUCCCCCACCUCCGACAACGCAUACUGGCUGAGUAUGCCGCUCACCAGCUCCCGUGCCCCUUCCCCAAUGGGGGGGCGGGGGCAAGAUUGCCUUCAGCUCUGUUAGUACCUUAGCAUGUAACGCAAGUGUGCGUGGCUGGCCAGCGGCGCAGGGCGGGAGCCCCCCUCCUUCCUGGCUUUGAACCCUGGCCCGCCGACUGGGAGGUGAGUGCUGGGGCAGUGCUUCAGUUAACACCCUGAGUGGGCAGAUGCCUGUAGCCUCCUGCCCCAGCACUGCAGGGAGCCAUUGGGUCACCACCCACAGCCUGGCGCUGCACCUGCCCAGCUCCCAGUCUGGCCAGCUGCCAAGGGCUCGUGGUCAGCUGAGUCUCAUCAGGCCUGGGGCUGAGCCUCCCCGCACAAGGCCUGCUGUUGAUGCUCCCCAAACUGGUUUCCCCUUUGGUCAGAUCACCCUACAGAGCCAUUGCCCAUCUCCCAGUGACUGGCUCAGCAGCUGCAACCUGCUCCAGGCCAUCCCCCUGCCAGCCCAGCCGCAGCCUGACUGCCCGGGGCCCUGGCUAGCCCUGCCCUGGCACACUCCACCUUCCCGAGGCGUGGCUGCCAGGCUGCCUGUGGGCACGUGGCCUUGGCAGGCUGUUGCCCUGAGAGCUCCCCUGGACCCGUCCUUGGCCAGGGGCUGCGGCAUGUGCAAUUAGGAGGGAUCCCACUAGCCCUGUCCCCCCCCACCCAGUAAUGCCCAUGGGCUGGGUGCAGCCAGCUGCCCCAUGUUCUUCUCUGGCUCCUUCGAUGGGCCUAGCUGUGCCCCCUGCUGUCACUGCCCCAGGGGGCGGGUUGGAGACACCCUGGUGAGCAGCAGGCCAGGUGCCAGGCUGAGACCAAGCGGCUUUGGGUGACAGCCGGUGGCCCCUGGGGCAUCCGGUCCUGAGGAGGGGCAGAAGCUGGCCCAUCAGAGAACUGUGGUUAUGGGUGCCAGCUGCUGGGGAGCAUGAGCUCCCCACAGCUGGUUUCCUGCCCCCAUGCUCCCUGCUGGUUAGAAAGUUAAUUACACACAGCAUAGGGCCACUCUCAUUGCCUACGGUGCAGCCUGGUGGGGGGCUCUGCAGCACUGGGGGCUGAUGUGUCUGCCCCUCCCAGCCACGUGGCAUCACAGCCCUCACUUGGUAGGGGACACAGCUGGUGAGCUGCUGGGGCCCUGCCCUGAGUGAGGGGGCAGCAAACCAGCCUAAGUUACAGCAUUAAAUGUGGGGUGGCCAGGGCUGUGGCCUGAGGAGACUACAGCUCCCAGCAAGCAUUGCACCACCUGAGCAGUGCCUACUGGGAGUUGUAGUCUCCAGGAGGCAUCUGCCCAUAAGGAAUAGAGCCACAACAGCAGAUUGGGCUCAUGCCAUGUGACCUAGCGGGCUCCUCCCAACCUGGCAAGGGCCUGGUGUGGUUGCCCCCAGCAGGCAGUGGAUCUAGGCAGGGUUGGCCCCUGCACUACAUGGCUCUGGAGGUUUAGCUGUGGCCAAUGACGGAAGGUGGGUGGGCUGGCUGGCACGGCAGAGUUGCACUGAGCCGUUGCGGGUGAUGCCCAUGGGCUCAGCCCAUCUCUUCAGCUGGCGCUGCCCGGAGAGACCCGCGCAGUAUGUACCGUAAGCUAUUCUAGACACUCCAGGACCAGCCAGGCUGGCCUACGGACAUAUAAGCUACAUAAAUUCUUUAGACUGAUUUAGCACUUUGAGUGGCUGCUCCAGAGCCAGGCUCCUCGGGCACAGAAAGGCCCGGGCAUGGCAUGGCUGUACCCACAGGAGCAGGCUCAGGCACUUCCUGAGGACAGGGCAUCUCCAAGCAGCCACCACUCAUGCCCAGGUCUCCUGGCCUCUCCCCCUCCCUCUCCUUGCCCCUCGGACGCUCCCUCCCCCGCAGAGGGAUUGCUCAGUGCUCGCCCCAAGGGGCCCCCCUGGACUACCGCUCCUUUGCAGGAGGGGUCUCGUUGUCUUUGCUGCUCCUGGUACACAAGGGGGUCCUGCGUACCUCUGCCCUGCCCACAGCAGGACCCCUGCUCUGCUGCCACCCUCCAACCAGGAGAUCCCCCGAGCCAAGGCUCUAGACCCCCUCAUUGGCCACAUCCUCCACCUCAAAAGCUCCAUUGCAGCUGCUGGAGGGAGGGGCUCUCAGGGUCUGGAUGUUACAGCACAACAGCCCAAGUCUGGCAGGGAGCUAGCCCCCCCAGAGCCGACUCUUGGGGGGAACUGGCAUCAUGCUUGCCAGCUCUGGGGCUGCUGAGAGACCCCUGCCCUCUCGCCCCAGGCUGGGUGAGCAGCAUGCCACUCAAAGGGUUAACAGUAGCACAGCACGUGCUUUGUGAUAGACUAGGCCUGCCAGGGCCGGUAUACGUAUUGUUUUUCAGUCGUCGUCGCACAUUCCAGGCUCUCGGUAUUUUACCCGUCUCUAAGUGCCUUUCUCUGGUAGUGUACGUUCUUUCUCCUCUCAGCUCCAUUGCUGUUAGCAUAGCGUUUAACUAAAAGAAACAAAGCGAGACGCUCACGACUGCCCCUCUCAGCCUCCAGAGGAGAGGAAGUUUAUUAAGAAAACAAUAAAGUGAAUUGAAAAGUU